AACUGAUUCUUAUUAGUUUGUUCCAUUUUGAUAUCGGUGACUGAACCAUUUCUAAAUUGUCUAAAUCAUUUACUGUUUCAGUAGACCAUUUAACACAAGAACACCUAACUAUUUGUAUUUAGACAGUAUCGUUUGUCAAUCGUUUAUUACAUUUCGCAAACCAUCACUAAACCAUUUAUGUUUGGUCUGUGCCGUUUAAUAAUCUUGUAUUUUUGGUGGUGACGGCCGCCCAUAUCAGUGGCCAGUUUGAGCAGCGGAGACAAGAAGCUUAUGCCUUGCUAUUCGGAAGUCCCGAGUCCUUCUUACAAAACGAGUAUGUGGAGAAACAUGCUCCGUAGUAAUGUUUAACAAGACAAAGCCUUCGCGAUCGUUGCGGAUAAAAACAUUAAUUCUUCCAAACACGCGCGUUGACCCCGGCCAAGUAAGUCAAGUGAUACCACUCUCCACCACCCGCGUGGAAACCAUUAGCGGCUGAUAAGCACGUGAUUGCUAAGUUGCCAUUGGUCCCUUUUGUAAUUAUCAAUUUGACGCGUUUGACAGCUGGCGUCUGCAUGAAAGUGAGAUUCAAGUCCAAGGUAACCAGAGGUUUUUCUUUCUCGCCGCUUCGCGACUCGUGGUCGCCGCUUCGCGAAAAGAAGAAAAAUCAAGAAAAACCUCUGGGACCAGGGUACAGGAAAUUCCAAUCCAGCUAAACCGCACACUACUGCAAGAGGUGCAAUUGUCUGUUGGCGGAGUCAAAAAGGUUCUGGUCAUAGAUACAAGUAGUUUUACUUGACAAGUGUGACCUGUUCCAGCUUGCAGCUUGCAGACGAACCCCCAGAGUGAGGAAUUACGUUACUACUGUCCAAACAUAUCUUUUUGCUCUAACAUUCGAUUUCGAAAUCACUUUACUCACUCUGAAAAAACAAUGUGGAAGACCAAGUUUUUAGCUGUUACGUUACUGCUGCUAGCUUUAGCGCGGAACACCGAAUCUUGGCGGCGGAGAAGACGAAGGCGCUCUCCACCACCGUGCCCCACGCGAAAUUGUCUAGUCGGUUCAUGGUCAUCUUGGGGCGCCUGCAGCCGUCAGUGUGGCACAAGCGGAACGCAGAGUAGAUGGAGAUCAAAAGCUGUGGUGGAAACUUGCGGGGGAACAUGCCAUUACCCAUUGAACCAGAAUCGCGCUUGCAAUAGAGACGCAUGUAAGAAUUCAGGUACCCCUCACAGUAGUGGAUGCUCUUGUCGGCCGGGAUACCGGGGAACCUGUUGUGAAAGUGAUGUGAACGAGUGUCAGAACAACCCAUGCCAACACACGUGUACGAACACGUUCGGUAGUUUCACAUGCAGCUGUUAUUCCUGCUACACCAAAGUCGGAUACAACUGUGACCUGAGGCAGUGUAAAAUCAGCAAUCGGUGUUACUCAUAUGGUACAGUGAAUCCCAGCAAUCAGUGUCAGGAUUGUAACAGCACCAGCAAGCUAGCCUGGAGAAACAACAACGCUUUGUCGUGCAGUGAUAAUAAGGCGUGCACUAAAAAUGACCGGUGUUCAAAUGGUGUCUGUUCUGGAACGCCAUUCACGUGCCUUCCGUGUGAAGAGUGUUACAAUGACGCAUGCCGCGUGAAACCAGGAUACUGUGUGAUCAACGAUGGUGGAACACGAAAAUGUUUUAACCAUGGAGACAUCCGACCCGGAUAUCCUUGCCAGCAAUGUGACAGCAACCGCAACAAUCAGUGGAGCUACAACAACAAUCUCCAGUGCAGUGACAACAACUUGAAGACCAAAAAUGAUCGGUGCUCCAAUGUGAACGAGUGUCAGAACAACCCAUGCCAACACACGUGUACGAACACGUUCGGUAGUUUCACAUGCAGCUGUUAUUCCUGCUACACCAAAGUCGGAUACAACUGUGACCUGAGGCAGUGUAAAAUCAGCAAUCGGUGUUACUCAUAUGGUACAGUGAAUCCCAGCAAUCAGUGUCAGGAUUGUAACAGCACCAGCAAGCUAGCCUGGAGAAACAACAACGCUUUGUCGUGCAGUGAUAAUAAGGCGUGCACUAAAAAUGACCGGUGUUCAAAUGGUGUCUGUUCUGGAACGCCAUUCACGUGCCUUCCGUGUGAAGAGUGUUACAAUGACGCAUGCCGCGUGAAACCAGGAUACUGUGUGAUCAACGAUGGUGGAACACGAAAAUGUUUUAACCAUGGAGACAUCCGACCCGGAUAUCCUUGCCAGCAAUGUGACAGCAACCGCAACAAUCAGUGGACCAACAACAACAAUCUCCAGUGCAGUGACAACAACUUGAAGACCAAAAAUGAUCGGUGCUCCAGCGGCACGUGUGUGGGAACGCCCUACAACUGCCUUUCAUGCGAAACACACGACGGUAGUGGCUGUCCAAUCAAAUCCGGAUAUUGCAUUAUACAACAUGGUGGCCAAAGAACAUGUUAUGCUAAGAAUCAUUACAAGCCAGGGAAUCCUUGUCAG